UUUUGUAGUGUCUAUUAAUAAACAUAUCUAUAAUAUCUAGCUAGGUUAAUUUUUUAUAUAUAGAAAAACACAGAGUUGAUUCCACAACUAUCAAGUUCAGCUAGAUUCCAUUUCCACGUCUAUUAUUUUGAACGCAAUUAUCAAAACAAAGGGUGCAAUCGACAUUUCGGUGGAUAUAUAUGUUCACAGACACGAAGCAGCUUACAUAUAAAGUGAUUGGUAAUGCCACCCUCCACUUAUUGAAAACAGCAGCCUUUUAGCUCCCAACAAAAAACAAAACCAAAAAAUGGCUGAGCAACAACAACAACAAGAUCAUCACAAAGAGCUUCAGCUUUUGCCUUCUCCACCGUCGACAGAAUCUCGAGUCAGGAAAUUCCGACCAACAGUUAUAACAACCGAUCACCACCAUUCCCCAUCUAUGAUCCACCAAGAUCUCGACCUCAAACUCUCCAUCAGCCUCAGUACAAUUCCAACAGCGACGGUGGAGCAUCUAAGCGAUGGCGGAGGAGGAGGUAGUGGUGUGGAAGCUCUGAAGUGGCAGGCAGCGGAGCAGAUAAGACUAGCGGCGAUAGAGAAAGCUUACGCGGAGAGAGUCAGAGAGCUGACUCGCCGUGAGAUGGAGAUGGCUCAAGCUGAGUUUGCUCGUGCAAGAAGGCUAGGGAGGAGGUGGAGAGAGCGGAGAGGUUGAAGGAGAGAUCAAUGACGAAGAUCGAUACGACUUGCUUGGAGAUCACUUGCUACUCUUGCAGGCAACGCUUUAAGCCUUAAUUUAUGUAUUAAUUUGUUUCUCUUAACUAUUGUUAUUAUAAAUGAAAUUUGAGUACUGGUUUACUUAGUAUGAGAAAAUAAUUUGGAAAAAGGAGAAAUUAUUUUGUUUAAA